GGGGGCGGCUCAGUGGCGGUGGCGGCGGCGGCGGAGGCGGGCGCAGAGGGAGGAGCUGCGACGCUCUCCGGCCCCGGGUCCCGCAGCCGGGCUCGCUCCUCACAUGGGGCCCCCUCGCCUCCCCUCGGCGGGCCGCUGAGGAGCCGGGCAGGCCGCCAUGACAGCUCCCGCCGGCCGCAGGCCCCGCUGGCGCCGCCGCCGCUGCUCAGCUUCCAGCAAGAGUAGAGAAGACAGCAAAGUACCUAAGAUGUGAGAAGUCCUCCCUUAACAGAAGAAAAGCCUGUUUUCAAAAUGGACCGAAGUAAGCGGAAUUCAAUAGCAGGAUUUCCACCACGCUUGGAGCGCGCUGAGGACUUUGACGGUGGCACUGGAGGAGAUGGGACUGCAUCCCAGAUCGGAAGAGUUUGGACCUCUUCGUACAGAGCCCUGAUAAGUGCCUUUUCCAGACUUACCCGUCUUGAUGACUUCACAUGUGAGAAAAUCGGCUCUGGUUUCUUCUCGGAGGUGUUCAAGGUAAGACACAGAACUUCAGACCAGGUCAUGGCUUUGAAGAUGAACACACUGAACAGCAACAGAGCAAACAUGCUGAAAGAGGUUCAACUUAUGAAUAGACUCUCACAUCCAAACAUCUUAAGGUUUAUGGGUGUCUGUGUGCAUCAAGGACAGCUGCACGCACUUACUGAGUACAUCAACUAUGGUAACCUGGAGCAGCUAUUAGACAGUAACCAGCAUUUGCCCUGGACAGUGAGGGUGAAAUUGGCUUAUGACAUUGCUAUGGGAAUCAGUUAUCUUCACUAUAAAGGCAUUUUUCAUCGAGACCUUACAUCCAAGAAUUGCUUAAUAAAACACGAUGAGAACGGAUACUCGGCAAUUGUGGGAGACUUCGGUUUAGCAGAGAAAAUUCCAGAUCACAGUGAAAAGUUACCAGUGGUGGGGUCACCCUUCUGGAUGGCACCAGAAGUUCUCAGAGAUGAACCAUACAAUGAAAAGGCGGAUGUGUUCUCCUAUGGUAUAAUUCUGUGUGAGAUUAUAGCAAGAAUACAGGCAGAUCCAGACUAUCUCCCUCGCACAGAGAAUUUUGGAUUGGAUUAUGAUGCCUUCCAGCACAUGGUGGGAGACUGUCCCCCUGACUUCCUCCAGCUGGCCUUCAACUGCUGUAAUAUGGAUCCGAAGUUACGUCCUUCAUUUGCUGAUAUUGUCAAAACACUGGAGGAGACUUUGAACCGGCUGAGAAAUGAGGACUGUGAGAGAGACAGAAAGUUUUUGAAUCUUGACAACAAUGAAAGAAAACCCAAAGGGUCAAUUGAAAAAGGACCAGGAGUAAAACGUUUGAGUUCCCUGGACGAUAAGAUCCCACCCAAGUCACCCCGUCCGCGUCGGAAUAUCUGGUUAUCACGCAGUCAGUCGGAUAUCUUCUCCCGCAAGCCUUCCAGGAAGAUAAAUGUACAGGACCCCUACUAUACACCAAGCAAAGGUUUAGGCCGGAAAGUUAAUCCCUUCAGUGCACGGGAGGACCUCAAGGGUGGAAAGAUAAAAUUCUUUGACAUGCCGAGCAAGUCUGUGAUCUCUCUUGUGUUUGACUUGCAUUCUCCAGAGGCAGGAGGUGGCCUGAAAGCCAGCCAGUCCCAGUUCCGGCAGGCAUAUAGCACAGACUGGCAGGAAUUUUCCCUCCCUCCGGGGAGGAAAUGCAGAUCACUUCCAGUCUCCCCUGAACUGCCACACAAAGAGUAUGGCCUGUUUGGUGGACUGUCUUCAACCGUCAGCAGAUGUGACCCAACCCAGCUAAGUGCAGAGGUUCGGCAAAAACUCCUGAGUAGCAGUAAAUACGGUGUGUCAGAGAUUCCUCCCUUUCAAGCCAAGCCUCACAGGUCAGAAUUUCUUCCUGUACCAGGACAAGAGGAAGAUAUGGACUGUUCAGAUGGGCCAUUGUCUCAGGAGGAAAAUGGGUUUUACCCUGUUGAGAACACGUGUGAAGAUCCAGCAUGUAAUCAACCAUUAGCGCUGGCCCAGCCUGAACCACUACCUUACAAAAGGCUCCCAGCUGAGAAUUCAGUGAACUCUGAGGGACAUUCCUCACAGGUGUUUGCCGGUUGUCUCCCUUCUGAAGAGAUGGAGGUGGAAGAUGACCUACUGAAAAAUACACUGCUGGAGUCUACAAAGUCUCUGUUCAGUGUUAGUCCUUCCACGGCGCCGAGGAGAGAGGCACGGCCGUUCAGGGAGCACGAUGGGGACAGCACUGCCCCAUUGUCUCAGACCUCCAACAACUCAGCAAGUGGCAGCACGCAGUCGACUUGUGGCAUAUGAAGAGAGGGCUCAAACGGAACGCAUCCUUGAGUUGUUCCCAGUCACUUAAACUCUGUUUCUCUAUGGUGCUGGGUUUCAUACUCAAGAGACCCAGUAGAUGGUAAGAAUGGGCUGUCAAACAGCCGCGGACAGCAUCUGGAGAGACUGAUUAUUUUAACUUUAUUUCAAGCUAUGCUUCCUUCCUGAUUUACUUUAGGAGGGGGAACUACUCCAGCCAGAAUGUCCAUGCGGGCCCCGAAGUCCCUUCCAAGCGGCAGUAGCGAGAAGCAGGCUCCACGUAAAGAGUUUGACCUGGAUUCCAGCAUGGAGCAUUUCAAGGCCUUAAGUUCCACAUUGGGUAGAGAGAGCAAACUGUAGGUUUUCCCUUUUCCUCAGUCUGACCAGCUGCUCUAAACUACUGCAGGUUUUGCAUUAGCAUUCUGCAAGCAGUACACGCGAAUCAGAGCCUCUGUCCUGGAAAUGGGCACAGAGAUCUUUUAGAACUGUGCUGAGCAGAGCUGUGCUGCAGCAUUAAACAAGCUCUUCUUUCAGAAACAAAAGCCCUCACGCUGGUUGCAGUCUGCAGGCUGAGUCACAUGAUAAGUACUUUCCAAUUAACAAGAACAACCUGUUCCCUGGUGUUUCUUGUUUCCCUUGGGAUUUAUUAAUGAUGCAUUAGUGCAGGGAAGCAGGACGCUGAGCACCGCUUUCUUGCACAGCUCUUUGUGUGUCUUGACCCAGAUGUGGAGGAAGAUUUGCCCAGGGCACAAGAGAGGGGAGCCAUAUUCCAGGUGCUGACAUUUCUGGGCUUCUUGAGAAACUGCCAGUGAAAGUGCCAGUUGUACUGAGCUCUGGGGCUCCUAUCUCUGAAGAGCUGAAUGGACACCAUGAUCUCUUUCUGCAGAAUAGAUAAAUACAGCAUCUAGAUUAACAGCUGACUAUCAUCACUAAGAUAGAAGGGACACAUUCACUUCCCUUUCUGAUAGGACAUCCUAUUUCAUUGGUGCCAGUGCAGUAAUUAGGGUUUCUUAUUUAAAACCAGACAGCUUGGUGGAGGACAGGAAUCCCCUGCUCAAGGGAAGCUGCCAGCAGUGUUGCAGCCACCAGUGCUUUUGCAGAAGGCUUACAGAAGGGCUUUGAGUUGUCAAAAAAAAAAAUUAGCUUGUCCCCAAUUAUUUUUUUUCUUCUACAGAAAGAAUCUGUUAUCUUCAUUCAUUUCUCCUGUCACUAAACAGGAUUAUCUACUUAUUUCUUUUUCUUCUUCCAUCCACCAGCAGGUAGCUGUAGGAGCAGCAUGUGCUUCAAAGCUGCUUGCUGGAACCAGUAUCAGAGAUCCCCACUCUGGGAUGAGAUGCAUGGGAAAGCUUGUUCUGUGGUGAUGUGUUCCACAUCCUGCCCUUCUGCUAUCAUUGCCUACAACGAUGUGGGGUUUUUGUUGCCUUUUUUUUUUUUUUUAACCUAUAUUAUCAUUCCUAACUGAGGUUUCAUUGCCUGAUCACUGAGCAGGUGAUACAGUAGGCUCUGAGGGGUUGGAAGUCCAGAGUUUCAUCCAGGUAGUCUGUUACACUCUUUCUGCUCUCAGGUAAGGAUGGAAAAUGUAAGCUGGUACUCCCUGAUGGAAGCAAGACUUUUCCUACUCUUUUCCCAUCUCAAGGAAUGGAUGAAGAAGAAAGCCUAAGCUCUUUCUUGGCUGAGAUACUGAGCUUUUUGGAGGUGUAGGUAACUAUUCUGUGAGGUAUGACUUUCUCUUGUGAAGUCUCUCAAUUUAAGUGGCAGUUAUCCCUUUGUAAUGGCUGCAAAGAAUUAAAUGAGAAAGUGUCCUCCAGUUACUUAGCACAGUCUCUGCUGCAUUAGGCAGCCGUCAGCAGUUUGAAAAAUGCCCAUCCUUACCAAGAUCACCUCUUGUGGCUCACACCUCUGCCUCUUGAAGGUGCUGAUGUGUAGGGUAGCUUGUCUCGUGUAUCCUGUCUGCAGAGUAUGGAGCAGCUUGAAGGGCUGGCACCGUGUGCGUGUAAUUUCCUUUGAGGACAGGGAACUGGUCAGCACAACUCAGCUGACAGCUGGCUGCCUGCCUUGUGCCUGCUUUUUUUUCCCUCUUUUUCUUUUAUACAACUGUAAUCUUUCAGGAGGGAAACCACCAGCACCAGCUUCUGUUGUCACAAGAUGCAUGUAGGUGUGUGACUUCAGACAAACGAGCAAUAAUAAGGAAUGGUUUACUUCUGGAUCCCCAGGCUACAAGGAAGCUGUCCCGCAGCCUGUAACCGUGUGCAGCCGCAGCAGAGCACAGGUGCGUGCCUCUGGCUUGCAUUACCCUGGUCGUCAGAGCUGACACCUCACUGGGUAGCCUGUUGCCCUCUGACAGACUGCAAAACCUCUAAAACAGCCGUCACAGUGACCUCACCUGUCUCUUACAGCACUGUCUCUUAAAACGUUUCCCUGCCCUGAAUGGCUCUUUUACAAAGCAACACGGCUAAAUUUUUAUUUCCCUAAGCGUCUACUCUGAGUGCAGCCAGCUGACACAGGGCACAUCUAUCAACUUUUCUAGCUCUUUGUACCGAGGGGGAGCUGUCAGAGAAAUACCAAGGGAUACCAAAGGCUCAGGCCUUUCCUGCAUUCUUGGUCUGCAUGGGAAAAGAGGCACGUGCAUGAAACUGGAGUAAAAGGCCGUCUUAAAAUAGCUAAAUGCCUGCUCAAACAUGGCGUUUCCAAGGGUCUGGAUGCAGUUGGCACUCACUAAGUCUCAUCCCUUUGGUUGUGCAAAGCUGAAUCCAGGUUGCACCUAGCGAGUACUCCUAGGUUUUCUGCCCAUCUGAAGGUGCUUUUCUACCGGGGGCCAUUUUCUGACAGCUACUGAUGAACAGAAAUACCAACGUGUGGUCAGCAAACUCCUUGUUUUAUAGUGAUGUGACAAAGUUUUAUCGUGAUUGGAUUUUAUCAUGGUUUUUGACUUUCUUAGAGGAGCCAUUCUUGCUCUUUUAAAAGACUUUCUACACGUUGCUAGGUUCCCUGAAGAGAUCAAAGACGUUUUUAAUUCACUUUAAAUCUUUCUAUGUUGAAUUCAUUUACAUGUCUGUUAUAAGCUAUUUUUGGUGUGGUUGCAGGUUGAUAAAAUGCAACUAAGAGGAUGCAUGUGAAUCGCUGCCCCUCAGAAGCAGUGCAGACAAGGGGCUUUAGUAGACUUCUACUUGCUGGAAAGGCAUCAAUGUGUUGUGUAACAGAACAUUGGUAUUUUUUGCCAGUACGACUAAAGACACUUGAAUAAUUCCUGUUUGCACUUAAUGCUAUUGUUUAUAUUGCAUGUCACUACAUUUCUAUGCAAAACAAAUAACCUUUUUUUUGGGAGGAGGGGCAGCCAGAUAUUUGAUUAAGUAUAAAGAUCUUUGCAAGAUGAUCUAUUUUCAUAUUUAUGAAGGAGUUUUACGUCUUAAUAUUUUGCAGACUGUAAAUAGCUCAACUUGUAAUUAAAGGCUUAGGAAGAAGUUUGUAGCUUGUGUAUAAUAGUAAGUUAACACUGCCAGAAAAAAAAUCUUUGCAAAACAACUUUUCUAAUAUUGUGGAUAUUUAUGAAUAUGUAAAGAAAGCACGUCUUGUUUUUAUGUUGAUUGACCUUCUGACUUUUUUUUUGAACUAUAGAAAUGGUGUAUGUUUUAUUGGAACUGCAAUAAGAAGUAACCAAAGAUGAAUCCAGUUAAAUAUUUUCAUAAUUUUUUCUUGGUCAGGUUUUGUAAACUUUCCCAUCUUGCUUUCAAAAUAAAAAUAAAAUC